UACAUUCAACUCAUCGAGGUCAUCGCAACAGACGUCUCGGACCCGGCCGUGACAGAGGCCCACGUCCGCCAGCUCAUCACCUCCCUCCCCUCCGUCCUCCGCACCCGCGACGACGACGAGCGGACGGUCCUCCACCACGCGGCGCGCCUAGGCCGCAACGCCAUCGUCGUCGCGAUCCUCGAAGCGAACCCGGAAGCCGACGUCAACGUCCGGGAUGUGGAUAGGUGUACGCCCUUGCACCUCGCCGCGCGCAACGGGCACGAGGACGUGGUCGGGACGCUGGUGUGCGUACCCGGCGGCGCGGACGUGCGCGCCGAGGAGAGUUUCCUCGAGACGCCGCUUCACGAGGCGAGCCGGAGCGGAUACCCUUCCAUUGUGCGGCUCCUCAUUGACAACGGGGCCGUGGUGGACGCACCGAACCGGGAUCUCGGGACGAGUUUGCACAUUGCCGCGCGGCGGGGUCACGAGGAUGUGAUUCGGGUGCUGCUCGACUGCGGCGCGAACCCGGCGACGAGGGACGCGGUGGGCGACACGCCGCUUCACGAUGCCGCGCGGGGCGGGCACGAGGGCGUGGUGAUGAUGUUGUUGGGGACGGGGUCGGUCUCCAUCGAGGCGCAGAACGCAAACGAUUUCACGCCGCUCAGCGUCGCGGCGCGGCACGGGCGGGAGGCGAUUGUGAGGAUGUUGGUGGAGCAGGGGGCCGACGUUGACACCAUGAGCAACGAGUACUGUACGCCGCUCCACCAGGCGGCGUCCGAGGGCCACGACGGGGUGGUGAGGAUCCUCAUCGCUGCCGGGGCGGACGUGGAUUUGCAGGACAAGGACGACCAGACGCCGUUGCAUGCCGGGGUCAUGUUUGAGCACGAGGCCGUCGUCGCGUCGUUGCUGGCGGCGGACGCGGACGUGGAUGUGCGGGACACGGAGGACUGUACGCCGCUGCACCACGCCGUGAAGAAUGAGAAUAAGACAAUGGUGCGGGACUUGUUGGAGGCCGGGGCGGAUCCGACGGUGAUUUCGACAAUGGGGGAGACGCCGCAGAGUCUGGCCAAGUUGUUGAACCGGAACUCGAUUGCCGACUUGUUUAAUUCGCCGCAGGUUGUGCCGAAGCAGAAUGUGCUGGUUGAUUCCGGCGGUGGCGGCAGGAGGCGGAAGAAGACGAGGCCGCCGUCCAAGCCGAAUCAGGAGGCGGAGAUUGAGGCGUGUAGGCAUUUCAAGGGGUUGUUUUGGUGUCCUAUGUCCGAGUGCAGUUUUGAGAGUUUGAGUGUAUGGGAUUUGUUGUAUGAUCCCGAGACGGAGGUCAAGUUGAGCCCGAGGCCACCCCCGCCACCCCCGCCGCCGCUGCCGCUGCCGCUGCCGAUGCCGUCUCCGCAGUCGGCCGGGACGGCGGAGACGUCAGCACGGAGUCCCGUCGGGUCGCCGACGAGGACCCCCGCGCGAUCGAGGGCGCAUUCCACAGCGCAGAGUCCCGCGGGGAGUCCGACGCUGUCUCCCCUCCCGACGCCGUCUCAUUCGCCACCCCAUUCCCCUCGUGUUCAACCGCCGGGCAGCCCCGGGGGAUUAAGCAUGAAGGAGAUGCGGAAGCACGUCAGCCAGCAGCGCCGCAAGAGCUCGCAUACGACCGCUGCUGCUGGUGGUGCUGCUGGGCGCAACAACAACAACAACCACCGGGACGAGCAGAGGCCCGUCAAGCGGUGGUUCCAUCUGCCUGCGAACAACGUGGCGUGGGUGAUGGACCUGGUGCAGCGCAUCUGUGCGGUGGAUGGCCGGACGGAUGCCGAGUGUAAUCGGAUUAUUGCGUUUAUUGAGGAGACGUUUCAAGAGAUUCGGAUUAAUGCCCCGUAUCGGAAGCCGCAUUUCAAGAUGGAGGCUGCUACUGCGGCGGCCGGGGUGGCUGCUGCUGCGGAUGGAAGAGGUGGUGGUGGUGGUGGUAGUGGUGAUGGUGGCGAUGGGAAUAUCAUGCCCGAGGUCAGUCUCGGACCGCCGGUGACGGGAGGGCUGCCGUGGACACCGCCGUCCGGACCGGGCUCAACACCAGCUGCAGCUGCUGCCGUAGCACCGCCUAGAUCGCAAAUGUUCUCGCUAGUCCUUCCCGUCAUCGACGUCGACAUUGACGAGGGCACAAAGAGGAGUCUUCAGGACGUGCAGAUCGGGGACGAGGCCAAGGUAUUUCGUCCGAUGGAAAUGGUUGGCGGUGGCGGCGCGGCAGCGGCAGCGGCAGCGGCAGCAUCAGCAGGCAAAGGCAACGAGAGGAGAGGACCACCCGCGCCGCAGAGACCGCACCCCCUCAGCGCGAUGCCGACGAACCUGCAGCACUACCUGUUCCCUCACCUGGCGCACUUUGACGCCAUGGCCAAGAUGCGCGCGACGUUUACAAAGUCGGAGCUGCACGUGCCGCGGUCGCUGGAUCAGUCGUACCACGAGAGCCUGAGCGCGAGCGACCUGGCGUUGCGGAACGAGAGUCAGGUGUUGUUUCGCGGGGGCGGCGGCGGCGUCGUCGUCUGGGACAACAGGGACAACGACGGCAGGUUCGACGGCAGGGCGAGCAGCGUGCAGGCCAGGAUCUCGAGGGAGAAGAGGCGGAUGGACACGGAGAGGCGGAAGCAGAUUCUGGUUGUUGCGCAGCUUUGGGUUUGGAGAAUUGACGAGCACACCAUCAUCAGCGCGUUCCCUGAUCGGUGGGAUAACAAGAACGCCAAGACGCUGUUGAACCAGAUCAAGCACCGCGUGCUUGGUACGAGGGACAUGCGGUCCGAGAACACGGACAUGAUGCGCGUUGUGGAGAGUAUCCUCGAGAGCGCCGUGGGAUACAGCGAGGAGGAGUUUCACUUUCAGUUUGAGGGGCCGAGGAGCUAUUGCAACAUCUUUGCGGCCUCUAUUGCCCAUGUGUCCAACGAAGCGAUGAAGCGCUAUGCCAACUUCAAGGCCUCUAUCAGCAAAAUGGGCACGUCCAAGACGGUGCUCGACGACCUGCGCGCCGAAAUUGAGCUCCUUCAGGAGAUUGACGACGUGCGCGAGGAGAUUAACAUGAUUAAGCGGGUGCUUAGGUCGCAGGAGCGGGUGUAUGACGGGUUCCGCGAGGCGGAGGCGGCUCGGGUUGGCAGUAUAUGUGGUGACGAUGGUGGAGGGGAGAAGCAAGGCGCCGUCAAGCCGUAUAAGCACCCGACAUUAGACUUUUUCAAGAGGUUGGAGGAGGAUGCGAAUCGGGUUCGGGAUUCAAUUACGACGUUGUUGGAUUUGAGGCAGAGGGAAGCCAAUAUCGAGGAGGCGCUGUCUGCGAGCGAGCAGUCCAAGAUUCUGUUCAUCUUUACCGGGGCAACCGUUGUAUUUGCCCCUUUAUCUUGGGCAACCGGCAUUUUCGAUAUCUCUAUCGAGGGCUUGCCAUCGCCAAUCAGCGCCGGCACCCUCAUCCUCGCAUGUGUCCUAAGUCUGGUCGCAACCCUCCUCCUCAUUGCCCUCUCCUUACAGAUCUACGAGUUCAUCACGCAAGGCAAAGCAAAGCAGCUCUACAGGCGAGUAUCGGGCUUCUUCGAGGCCCGCAAGAUGGAGAAGCUGGCGGCCGCGAGCCACAGCAAGUCGCCCCCUUCGUCGCUGGGCGCCUCGACGCAGCUGAGCCGGCUGCGGAGGUCCUCUCUCUCGCAACCUGUCGCUAGCACGACGGCCAACGAGAAGAAGAAGAUGCUGAGCGUGAGGAGGCGGCUUGCUGCGCUGAGGCCGAGGAGGAGGAGGGAGAGAGAUGAGGAGAAGGAGGUUGCUGGGAAGCAGCUUUGA